CCUCAGUGUGUGAGAGAGACAGAGGACAAGCAAGAAGACAUGAUGGAGACCAGGAAGGCAGGGGCACUCUGAGUGAGGAGGUGACAUAUCCAUUCUUUUUUUUCAUUCAAUAUUCAUUUUUUGAGCCUAAUCAAAAUGAGGGCCACGGUAGAACAAUCACAGUAAAUCUCCAUUUUUGUCCUGUAAGGUUGUUCAUAUUAUUCUACUAAAACACUCCACAUAGCAGUCAAGUUUUAUUAUGUCCAGCUGGGCACUACAGAGUAUUACUAGAGCAUGUACUAGAGUACUGAGGGAGAGAAUUAAUACAAUAUAGUAUAGAUACAGUGGCUGAACACUGCUGUUCAUUAACACUGUACUGAGACAGAAGGUUACAGUUCAGAUUAGAUACCACAGGCACAGUGACUUAACACUACUGAAAAUUAACUCUUCUAAGAGAGGUUUAAUAAAUUAUAGUGUAGAUACAGUGAUUAAGCAUUAACGAACAUUAACGCUGAACUGAGACAAAGUUAACACAGUACAGCGUAAAUACAAUGACUGAACACUAUGGAACAUUAACUCUGUACUGAGGGAGUGUUAACACAGUAUAGCAUAGAUACAGUGACUGAAUGCUAACACUGUACUGAGAGAGGGUUAAUAAAGCAAAGUAUAGAUACAGUGACUCAACACUACUGAAUAUUAACACAGUAUUGGGGGGGGGAGGGGGGGAGGGAAAGACAGGGAUAAGAUAGAUGAUCUUGACUCUAGCCCCACGCCCUCCUAGUCUCCCGUUCAUACAUUACCAUGAGUGUGUCCAAGCCCCCACCUCCACACUCCCAUUUCCAGCCCCCCAACCCCUCCUCACACCUGUCCCUGCCCACUGGGGGGGCCCCACUGGCCCCUGCAUCACCCUCCCCCUCCCCGGUGAAGAUCUCAAUGCAGGAGCACUUUGCCAUCAACGUCUGCCCCGGUCCCAUCAUGCCCAUCCCGCAGAUCUCCGACUUCUUCCCUCGUUUUCACGACUUCCCCUGCCCCCCUCCGGCCCCCCAACGAGAGCGGCAGGUAGUGCGGGAGGCAGGGCCCGCUGAGGGGGAGAAAGGGGACGUGAAGGAGGCAGAGGAACCCAUGUACUCCGACGACGAUGAGGACACAUAUCUGGGCACUCUGGAGUUCAGCCUGCUGUUUGACCAGGAGCACAACUGUCUGCACUGUACAGUUCACAAAGGAAAGGGCUUGAAGGCCAUGGACUCAAAUGGACUGGCUGAUCCAUACGUGAAGCUUCACCUACUGCCAGGAGCCAGCAAGGCAAACAAACUACGCACCAAGACCUUGAAAAACACAUUGAACCCAGUAUGGAAUGAGACACUGAUUUACCAUGGCAUCACUGCUGCUGAUAUGACUACUAAAACGCUCAGGCUCUGCGUGUGCGACAUGGACCGGCUGGGCCGCAAUGAGUUUAUCGGGGAGGUGAGGGUGGUGCUGAAGAAGCUGCGUGAGGGAGAGACCAAGCGCUACAACAUGGGGCUAGAGCGGCAGAUGCAGCACAAGGAAGGUAGCAGCCUGGCCGUGGAGCAAGGAGCCCCCGUGGCUGAGGAGGAGAGGGGCCGCAUCCUGGUGUCACUGUGCUACAGCCAGGAGAAGAGCAGCCUGUGUGUGGGCAUCAUACGCUGUGCCCACCUGGCAGCCAUGGACUCCAACGGCUACUCUGACCCCUUCGUCAAGAUCGUCCUGCAGCCAGAGGCGGGCAAGAAAUCUAAAUACAAGACAUCAGUGAAGAAGAAGACCCUGAACCCGGAGUUCAACGAGGAGUUUUUUUAUGAAGUUCCUCAUGACCAGCUGGCCAAGAAGACGCUGGAGAUCUCCGUGUGGGACUACGACCUGGGAAUGAGUAACGACUUCAUCGGGGGGGUGGAGCUGGGUAUCAACGCCAAGGGAGAGAGGCUGAGGCACUGGUUUGAGUGUCUGAAAUACAUGGGGAAGAAAGUAGAGUACUGGCACACACUGACACAGCAGGGUCAGCCGAGCAGCGACUGACACACUCACUGACACACACAGAGACUGACACACUCACUGACACACACAGAGACUGACACACACAGACACUGACACACUCACUGACACACAGAGACUGACACACACA